AUGGGCGAACCAAAUAGACGUUUCAGUUUCUCAAAUGUGGUACGACGGCUACCACAAAUGUGGCGCGGAAGACCUGCCGAAGUUGAACGUCCACAAACGUCAACACUAAGAAAUGAAAGUGCACAAGCAACUGUAUCACCUCCUCAACAGCAAUCUGGUGCUCAUCAUCCUGCUCCUCCUGAUUGUCCUCCUCUUGGUUAUUUUCCCUAA